GGAUCGGUUUUCAGAUACAAAUGAAAUGGACUCGGAUGGAAGAAACUAAACCGGAUUAAAUGCGGAUUUUCUUUGCUUUGUGAUGUCUGAAUCUAUUGAAAAUGAUCAUGAAGAUUUAAAACAGAUGAAAGAACAAGUUUUUGAUCUUAUUAGAGGUAUUAUUGACCCAGAGAAGCCAGAGACCCUGGAGGAACUUAAUGUUGUCAGUGAGGAAGAUGUCCAGGUCACUCGCUUUAAUGAGGAGGAUUACCUGAUAAAAGUGGUGUUUGUACCCACAGUUCCCCACUGCUCACUAGCCUCACUUAUUGGACUAAGCAUUAGGACAAAGUUGGAGACCUCAAUGCCGGAGAAAUUUAAGUUGGACAUAUUCAUAAAAGAUGGAACACAUGAUACAGCCACUGAAAUUAAUAAACAGAUAAAUGAUAAAGAGAGGAUAGCAGCUGCUAUGGAAAAUCCCAACUUACAACGUAUUAUCAACCAGUGUCUGGAAAAUUCCUGAUAUUUAAUGUAUCUAGUAUAAUAAUUAUUACAAAUUAAUUUAUACGCCUCUGAAUUUUUAAUUGACUUGUUCAUAUUUUGUAAGUACCGGUAUGUAAUAAUGUUUAAUAAUUAAAAUUUAUACCCUCAACUUUCAUUAUAGUAUGUGUACAAGACGAUUAUUGAGAUAUCUUGAGUUGUCCUUCUUGAUUUAGCAUUAGCAUUUGUGCGUCUUAAUUGGUGUAUAGAUUAAUUCAUGAUAAUAUUGUGAUGAAACAAUUAAGACACUUCAAAAGUAGGAAGCUGAUUGAAGAUAAGUAGAUAGAUAUUCAGGACAACUGACCGAGACUGAAGAUUGCAAAGUAGAUUGAAGUGGCUUAUUUGAAUUUUAUGCUUUUAAGAACAUGAUGGAGGCACGGCACUAUAUUUAUGUCUUUCUAACUUCCUGUAAAUACACGUCUAGAUCUCAGUCACAGCAUUUGUAUACAAGUGCAAAUGUCUGUGUAAUAAACUGACUCUGUCACAGGUGAAGUGUCUCCAUCACAAACAUUUGCAAAUCUUUCAGCAAAUUAUAAGGAUUAAUUUUUAGAUUAAUGAAUUCCAAGCCCUGCAAUAGAAAUCUUUUUCAUACAUAAGUCAAAUGUAUAUGUAUGUAUAACCUUUUUUUUCAAUAUGCAUUUCAUGUAGUGCAAUUUUAUAAUACACUGUACAAUUUUUUGUUCAUUGUACGUUCAUUAUAAACAGUGUAUUAGAAUGUUUGAGAUACCUUUUUUUUUUCUUUGAUAAUCCAUUCCAAUUCACAUCUGGUUAAUGAUAAAAUAAUGCAAAUUCAAACAUUUUUUUUUUUAAUCUUUAGUUUCCGCACAUUCAAUAGGACAUGGCCAAACAAUCUAAUUUUUUACAAAUAUGACUUACAUUCAUAAAUCAUUAUUUGUUUUUUUUUUUGGCUUUCAUCUUUAAUUUCAGACAUUUGUAUACAAUAUAACAGUACUAAGUCAAAAACUAUUAUACAUAUUUUGCUGUGAUUUAUCAUGAAAGACUAGAAAAAUCAUUUCUCUUACAUACACUUGAAUGUAUACUGUAUGUAUGAGUCAUUAUGAAAUCUCAUCAGAGUGAUUUUUGAAUUCCACAGUGAACUUUCAGAGUGACACUUCCUUCAUAAAUCACUAUCAUUCAUUAAUGAUAGGCCAUGAAACGAAGUGGCACAUGUAUAUGGCACAUGUAUAUUUGUCAAAUUUAUAGUAUUUUUAUACAGUCUUUCUGAUUUGUUUUAAAUCCUUUGCACUUCAAUUUGAUUUAUACAGAGAACAUAUAUGCAGUUAAGUUUCUUAGUUUAUAUGUAAAUAUUGUUCUUAAGAUUUGAAUAAAAAAUUACUGGACCAAUUAUUUUUGAACAUGUUUAACGAAAUUGCGUAAAUGCAGAGAUGAGAACAUUUAUGGGCUGGUACAACCCACUAUCCAAUCCUUUCAUAAUAGUACAAAUUUGUUUUUAAAUUCCGUAAACCACAAGUGUAAAAUACCAUUUGAAACAAAGUAAUUAUAAUAUAUCCCCAGAUUUGAUGAGUGAAUAUUUCUCAUUGAAAAAUUUUUUUUUUGCAUCUUACAUAUUUUACAUGGGAUCACAGGGCUUCCUGUAUGCCUCUUAACUCUCACUCUGGACUUGGCAUUGGUUCUAAAGUGGGAGUCAAUACACACAUAUACACACCCAAUACAUACAUGUGUACAUGUAUCAACCACCCCCAAAAAAGUGAAGUAAAAAUAUAGAUGAGGAAGGAUACAAGACGGAGUAGAAAGGGAUGUUUCUUCACUUUCUUGGGGAUGCUGUACAUGUAUUAUCUGUUAGUGUGAUAUAGAUUGCAGUUAAGUUGAUGAACUUUAUAUAGUCCUAAUAUGUAUGUACUGGGUGUUCACAGUGUUAACGAUAUGAUUGCUAACAUUGUCUUGCAAUAAAGGAUUUGUAAUUAA